AGAGGAAGUGAGACGACACCCGCUGUUUAGUUCCGUGAGAGCAUUCGGCGCCUCAACAUGAACACCCGAGUGAUCAAACUCCUGGUGACGUCAGCGCAAGAGAUUUGUGACAGUUAAGAAACAUCAAUGACUUUGUUUCGAAAACUUGACAAGUUCCGAGGAUUUCUGAACCAUACAAGAACAUUAAUGAAUGUUGUGGUUUUACUGUUCUUUCCAGCCGAAAUCAGAUGACUGGAGAGAUAUUUUAAGCAGAUUAUUUUGCAAGAAUUAGAUUAAUUGUGUCUGGGAUAAAGCCUCCAUCGUAUUUCGGCAGAGGAAUCCUCGUGUGGUCUUCCUCGAGAUGAACUACGGAAACUACACUUGCCCUGAGGGAUCCCUCUACUGCAAUGGCACCGACCACUACUGGCACGAAAGGGUUCAUCCUGUGAUGAUAUUUCAAGCCACAGUGAUGGGAGUGGCGGCCAUCUUGGGUUUACUCGGCAACACUAUCAUUAUCAUCGUUAUCGCCGGCCAUUCAGCCUUUCACACGGUUCCGAACUUUUACGUGCUGAACAGGGCUCUCGCAGAUAUCCUUACCAUCCUCACGACUCCUCUAGGGAUCAUAACCAUAGCGAAAGGCACAUACAUAUUCGGCCCAAUCGUGUGCAAACUGUCCAGCGCUGUUUUGCAAACGUCGAUCAUGGCCAGCGCUGCUUUCUUCACCUUCAUGUGCAUCGACUGCUAUUUGUGCGGCAGAGAACACAGCCAUCCCCCGCUUUUCCGUCUGACUGUGCUGAAAGUCGUAUCCGGCAUCACCUGGGGCGGAGGAACCUUCCUAGCGGUGCCCAUGUACCUUUCAACUCGCCACAACGAAUUCGGACUGAAAACUGUCUGCUUGGAAGGACCGCUCUAUCACCACGAAUUCAACAUGGUGCGGAUAACGGCAAUAUUCAUUGUUUUUGUUGUUCCGUUGGUGAUUAUCUGGGUAUUUAUAAGCCUCACCCACCCGCCCAAGGGAUCCAGCGUGGCCACCGACGAGCUGGACAGGGACGCCUACAGCUCCAGGAAUAAACGACUUCGGCGACUCAUUGUCGCUUUAGCAGUCGUCUUUACAACCUGCCAGUUUCCUUACUGGUUCAGCCAGAUUUCUUUCACCAUGGGGAACCCUCGCUUCAUCGCUCUGUAUAUGUUCUACGCCAUGGUCUCCUUUAUUGAAGUCAACGUCGCUCUGAACGCAAUCAUUUGCAUCAUCUUCAAUCAAGACCUCAAACACACUGUGCUCUUUUGCAUACCCAAAUACCCUGAACACCCGAGGGUUAUGGUGCAAAUGACUCCCAUCUAAUUAUAGGGUUUUCUGUGAAAGGAAAAUUGUAACCGUCUUUCUUACCCCAAAAUAUUUUUGAAACUCCCGAUUAACAGGUUGAGAUGUGGUUGAUUCUUGUUGUUUCGCUGUUUUUCAACCUCAGACUCAGUUAUGAGAUUUUUGAAUCGAUAUGAUAGUUGUUGGUAAAUAUAUUUUCGUCAUUAGUGUAAGCAGUGUUUUGCGGCAGUCAGUCUGACCUUCCCUGGGGAUAGUAAAUAAGUUUUCCAAGGUGAAAUGGGAAGCCAGAAAUUAUUAAAAGCAACUAUCCCUGCCUGUGCACAGAGAGGGCAACCAUUGUCCUCUAAGACAAAAGGAAAACCAUUGUGGUUUUCAGAGCUAAUCGACAACCAUAAUCUUAUUAAAAGGAACUAGUUAGUCUAAAUAUCUAACAAUGAAAGGGGAAAAAAGGCCGGCCAUGGUUUCUUCCAGAAGAAACAGGUAUUCAUUCUUCUUAAUAAGAAAGCAGCCAAUACUUGGAUUUGAUUGAAAAAGCAAAGACCGUCCUUAGUCGCCUUUCCAAGAACUUACUAACCAGUCUCUUGUUAAAGAUACUGUCAACAAUUGUUACGUUAAGUGAGAAUUAGAUAUUAUUUUCAUUAAGCUAUGCACUAUCUUUAAGAAGAAACAGAAACGUUAUUCCUGUUUAAGAGGAAAUAUCUAACCUUAUGUCUGUUCAUAUAGAAAUGGUCAAAUAUUCUUGAAAGAAAGCAACAUAUCCAUCUCGCAUAAGAUCUCUGUAGAAAAUAACAGCUAACCAAUAUUCCAGAGCCUCAGUGGCCGCGAGUUCGAUUCUCGGGCAUCCCACUGAGGGGUCAGAGAAGUGUAUUUCUGGUGAGAGAAGUUCACUCUCGACGUGGUUCGGAAGUCACGUAAAGCCGUUGGUCCCGAUGCUGAAUAACCACUGGUUCCAUGCAAUUUAAAAACACCAUACAAACAAACAAACAAACAAAUCAACCAAUAUUCCUGAGAAGUAACAGAAAACUGUUUCCUGCUUAAGAAGAAAUAUCUGCGUAAAGUCUUUUGAGAAAGAAACCGUCAGUCAGUACGUCUAAGUAAAAAAAGGCUAUCAGUGCCUCUUAAGGAAAGGUUAAAACUCUUUACGGAAACAACGAAUGGUUAAGCUUUUCUUUAGAUGAUCCGAAAAUGUUUUACAGAUGGCCGAGCACUGUCCCUGUAAUUUGGAAAGCAACAGCUGACUGAUGUCGAGGACAAAGCAGAAGUCAACUUUAGUCUUCUUAAAAUUAUAUAGGAAUGGCCAACAAAUCUCGGUAGCGGGAAAUAUCCUGUCACAGACUCAUACGAAAGGAAAGUUUAGGUACUACCUACUACUCUUUCCUUUGAUAUCCAUUUAUUCCUGAUUAUUUUCAGGACGAAUUAUAUGACUCAAAUCAGCAAGGGACAUGAAAUUGAAAUGAUUUGAAAUUUAGGGAAGAACCUCAUUGUUGUCUUUUACUAUUCACGCGUUUAAUACAUGAAUAUGCAUUGUUGACAUACUGAAGACUUCUCUUUUCUACAUGAAUCAAUAUUCGAUAGGUGAUAAGGGCUGAGCUAUAACAUCUCACUGAGUCUUAAUGGUAAUGUGAGCAGCAGAUGAAUCAAACGUUCCGUCAAAAACAGAUAAAAGAGCCAGGUAAAAUCGACGUUAUGUUACAAAGGUGCUCCGAUGAAAAGUUAGUACUUAUCUCUCGCUAUUUAUUUAAUAAUAAAGGAUUUCCAAGCCGUGUCUCAUCGGAUUUAGAUAGGACAGCGUGAAAAGUCUGAGAAGGAAUCCUUUGAAUUCACAACAAAUGAAGCAAGCCUGGCAGAAAGUUCACAUUUCAUGUGAAAAUAUUCUCAGCUGUAAGCACACUUUCACCUCGUCAUCUCAUGGAAAAUGGAAAAAGUUUUGUUGAUUAUUAUAACAAUGGUGAAAAAGACCUGGAAAAAAGCUAGCUCUCCAGUAAGUCAUUAUUCUUGUCCAUUUAUCUAAGUAAAUUGACGAGUCAAAAACCAUUCCUUAUUAUGGCUCUACAACAAAUUGUAAAACUGACCGCCAGCAAUGGAGCAUUCGGGGACAGAAUAUUGUUAUUCUAUUUUUUCCCUUCAUGGAAUCAUCUCUCAUUUUGGCUAAACAAACAAAGUACGCACUUUUCAAAGAAGAAUCCGCGCAGGUCAGGUCUCAAUGACAGUCGUAUUCAUAAACCCUACGAGGAUGAUUAAAAUAUCUUGCCUUGUUACUUUGAAUAUGAGAUUAGACAUUUCACUAUUUGAAGCAGAAAACAAGCAAAUUUCUGUUGUAAUCUGUUUUGUAGAUCAUAUUUCCUUUGUUUCCUACCUAUACAAUAGGAUGUUAGUGUUGAUGAUCCACAAACUUGUACAAUAAGGUAACCUUUAAAACUAUGGAGUUUUGAGGCCAUUGUACACAACUCUUGAUAGUUGUCUUACUUAUGAAUGAGAGUGUUGGAUCUCCUGCCUUCACUGAUGUUCUUUUGUUUUUGCUGGAGUAUCCGUCAAAUGUUAAAUAUAGGUACACUUCAUAUUUUUGUGAAAGGUCUUUAUUAUUUGUCUUAAUUAAAGAGGAAGCAUACAAUAAUUUGGUUUUUAUUUC